AUGAAUGUCGAGAAUCAGGACCUGGGCCUGUCUCUAGAACUGCUGACUACCAAACGGACUCGGGCCAGUAAGCCGAAAGUGCGCACUGGCUGUUUUACCUGCAAUUCAACCAGCCUGUGGCCCAGAGCUUUGGCCCCAGCCCCCGCCGUCGACUCGCCCCUGGAACCACGAGCACUAGAGUUCUUCUUUAUCAAGACGGCACCACAGUUGGCCGGCUUCUUUGCCGGAAACUUUUUCCAAGGCAGUGUGCUCCAGCUAAGUCUCGCCGAGCCGGCCAUUCGCCAGGCCAUCGCCGCCAUCGGCGUGCUGCACGAACGCGCGGCAAUGGGCACAGCCGUUACCAGAGACCAAUCUAAUAAUGUUCAUUUGCAAUUGUACAAUCGAGCCAUCCGGGCUGUUCUUGAGAAGGCCAAGACGGCUGGGCCAAGGGCUUUCCCUCUCCUAGCAAUGACUAAUGUGCUAUUUACCUGCUUGGAAAUCUUUCAAGGGAACGUCACUGCGGCCUCGGUGCAUAUCCAAAGCGGAAUUAAUCUGGUGCAGGCGUGGCGUGAAGAGAAUGGAAAACCAAGAAACCCCUGGGGCCGCAAAUAUAAGACCUUCGAAUCGCGUUUUAUGGAGACGGAAAUUGCGCCUAUUCUCAGCUUAUUUAAUACCAAUGCAAUCGAGUGCGGCGGCGGCAAGCGUACGAAAUUUCUGAUGAAUCCACUCGAUGAACAUGGUAGCCUCCUCCUAGCAGAUCGCUUCGAGACUCUCAUCGAAGCCCGGGUCGGACUAAUAGACAUGAUCACCGACGCGACGUCACGUUGCGUGAGAUCAAAUGAGAAUCUCAUGCACAGGCCUUCAGCUGACAUUGAUGUCUUCAUGGUGUCUCAAAAUGUCCAACGCAAUCUUGAACAGUGGCAGAAUAACGUUGAUGACCUGUGUCGUCGGGAGUAUGUCACCUGGAACAAGACCGAGCAGCAAGUAGCCAACGUUAUCAAGAUUAUCAAGCUAAGCACAACGUUCGGUAUCCGGUCUUAUCAAGUGACUACAGAAUCCGAAUGGGAUCCCCACCGUUCUGAGUACGAGGAGAUCAUUCGGCGCAUUAAGGUGGUUAUUUCUGACACAGCCCGUUUCCCCGAUGACCUUUCCAGAACCCUGAGUCUCGACUGCGGCAUGAUAUUCCCGCUCCACGCAGCAGCUUGGAAAUGCCGUUGGCCGAAGGUUCGCCGCCAGGGUCUCGACCUGCUACUUCGAGUUCCGAAGCGGGAAUGGCUCUUCGAAGCUCAGCACUAUCAUACCAUCUUUCACCGCAUCAUGGAACUCGAAGAAGAGCACCUGAACCUGCCUUCUGGUGCAGCGCCCGACGAGAACUGGUUACCUCCAGAACAUGUGCGGAUCCGUGAUUUCAUCGUAACUGCGGACCUGGUAUCGCCAGAAGAGCCUCCCACCUAUAAUGUGACAUUUAUUAGCAAUCCACAGGGCCCGCAGGGCCCACUGAAAUGGUUCACUGAGCCCAUACGAUUGCCAUCUUCCCAGCCUCAGAAGGCAGCAAUUCCGACCAAUAUGAUUGGCCGCAAGCUCGAGUGGCCUGCACUAAGCUCGCUUUCCACACAGGCACUGAAUAGAUGCCCUUGUACUCGAUAG